CCUCCUCGUCCCCUUCUGGUUCUCGCUUGGCCUCUGCUCGUCGUCGUCGCAAUCUCUCCAUCCCUGCAAUCCUUUCCUACGAGCCCUCCUCCUUUUCUAUCAAUCCACGCUUUCAAUUCCUCCUCCGUUCUCAGCUACCGUCAAAAUUCCAUCUUUCGUGUCCCCCGCCGCCCGAUCCCCGCCGCCUGACUGCCCACCUCUACGUGAUUCGUCGAUAAAAUGUGAACUAUGGCCACCUGGGAACGGAACCUGCGGAUUUGAGAGAUUGCAUGCGCUGGAUUCCUGGGAUUGCUUUCAGUGAGCUGGAACCUGCGGCGUGACCCAUGGUGGAUGCAGGCGCAGCGGCGGCGGGGCCGUCGAAGGUGGUGAAGGUGAGGAGGGAGGUUCUGGCUGGUUUCAUGACCUGUCCUCUCUGCUGCAAGCUCCUCCGGGACGCCACCACCAUCCCCGAGUGCCUUCACACGUUUUGCAGGAAGUGCAUAACUAAAAAACUCAAUGAUGAGGAGACAGAUCAUUGCCCUGUAUGUAAUAUUGGUUUGGGUGUUGUUCCAAUGGAGAAGCUCAGGCCGGACCACAAUUUACAGGAUAUUAGGGCAAAGAUUUUUCCUUCUAAACAAAGCAAAGUUGAAGCUCCUGAGGAAACACCCACCCCGAUAUUACCUGUUAAAAGAAAAGAAAAGUCACUUUCUUCAUUGGUUGUCAGCACUUCUCACGUAGUGACACGGACAUGUUCAACAGGAAGGCAAACAAAAACAGCUUCUAAAAGGGUUGUCACUGCACGAGGUCUGAGUUCAUCCACUGAUGCAUCAUCCGAAAAGGAUGACAAUACUGUUAAUAAUUAUGUAGAAAAAUCAAGCUCAAAUGAGAAAAUGAGCAAGGCCCUAAAGAGAAAACAGGCUCAUUCAAACGUUGAGCCAUCCAACCACAUGUUUCAGGAUAAUGCUGAUAUCUGGGACCCUUUAAACUGUCUGGUGGAAGCUGCAAACAGGACAAAGGCUUUUAGCUCUGUUACUCAGCGACAUGUUGUCAAGGAAGAAAAUUUUAAUGGCUGUGAUGGUGAAGUAAAUAUUAAGAAUGAAAGGGUUAAAGUGCAUCAGCAUAAGUCUAAAAUUCUUGAACAGGCUGAUAACAUUCUAUUGCAACCAGUAACACUGAAAGAAAGCAGGCUGCAAAGAGUCAAGAGGAGAAGCAAGGAUCUUACUGCAUCAUCUCAAUCAUCUCUUGAUGCUCAAAAUUCUCAAUUUUCUAGAAAGAUUAAUCCAAUAUGGUUCUCCUUGGUUCCUUCUACUGAUCAGACAAUUGAUCAACCAUUUCCACAUCUAUCUUCAAACUAUCUGAGGAUCAAUUGGGCAUUCUGGUUGGUUUCAGUUGGGUUACCCCCACGAGAUGGUAGCAUGCCUGUGUUGCUCAUUCACAAGUACCUUGUAAAGAAGCUCAAGCUCGAGAAUGAUGCUGCGGUGCAAAUCACUUGCCUUGGACAGCCAGUAAGCCCUACAAUGUCUGUUAACAAACUAGUAGAGCAUUGGUUAAGAGAGAGGUCUUCGCAAAGGCUUCAGGCUACGGUAGGAACCUCAGCCAAGGAAUUUGUGAUGGUGUUGGUCUACAGUUGGAGCAAGGUUUCAGACAACAAAUGAGAGCAAUUUCAUUGCAUCUAAAGAUGCCAAUAAAAGAAUAUUGUUUUGUAUUAUCUUUUUCUCUUCUCAUUUUCAUCCAAUCUUAUCUCUAAUGUACACAUGUCAACGUUUGUACUAUUUUCUCAUAUAAGAACAUAAUUUGCUCAAA